AUGAGGCAGAAUGCCAUGUGGUGUUUCAGAAUCAGCUUCCCCCGCCUCUCCCCGGCUGCUGGGCCUGCUGCACCUGCUGCUGCUGGCUUCAUCACCCUCCUGGCUGCACUGCACUCAGGAGCCCUGCUGGGUUGCUCCUGCCUAGCAUGGGGUCCUGGCAGGCCCAGAUCUCUGGAGCACGUCCCCUGCCAGGCCCCCUUUGCCAGCGGUCGCGCUGCAUUGUGCGAGCUCCAUGCAGAUUGCAAGGCUGAAGGGAAGGCAGAGGUUUGCUCCCAAGCUGAGGCCGAGCAUUGCACUGGGAGGCAACGUAGCAGCAACCUGACCAAGACCCGAGCUCCAGGCCUGGCGGAGCACAAACCGUGGUCGCCGCCUGCUCUAGAGCCACAAGCACAAUCUCAGUGUUUGCCUCAGCCAAAUACUUUGCCACUUGACAAGUAUAAGGAAGGAACCAGCAAAAAACAAAAUAGCCUCAGAAGUCUGAAUAGUGAAAGUGGAUUUUGCAGUGGAGUCAAAGUUGAUGCACCAGAUAACCAAAUAUUUUCUGCACCUGUUUCCCAAAAGAUACACAGAAAAAUUCAGUCCAGCCUGUUGGUCAACAUUGAAAACAGUAAGAAAAGCUCUGCUUGUUCUCAUAAACUAGGUACUUUUCCUGAAGAUUGCUUUGUACACUGUAUUUUGGCCUUGUUCUGUGAAUUCGUCACCCUCUGUGGCCUCAUCCUGGAGCAAACCUCAUGUAGAAUCUGCCCAUGGGUGGCCUGCUGCUGUGGGGAAGAAAUGGGAGAUGACUGCAACUGCCCAUGUGACAUGGACUGUGGCAUUAUGGAUGCCUGUUGUUAAUCAGCAGACUGUUUAGAAACCUGUAUGGAAUGUUGUGGGAUUUGUUUCCUAUCAUAA